CGACAAAGACCCAGUUGCAAAGCUUGACACAUCACACUGAAACCGGAAUAGCGUAGCUAGCUAGCAUGUUGUCACAUCACCCCUGUGACACGGACGGAUGUUGUUAGCCCGCUUCAUUAGGGAUAAAGGCAAUGGUUCCCUCCCUCUUCGCCCAUGAAUUUCUCACCCUACGCGCUGUCCAGCAGUCUGGGCCCAUCUCUGAAGAGGCGGGGGGAACGGGGCAUAGGGGGGCUGGGGCGCCCCCUGUACUGCACGGCGGGAGACCGGAGGAAAUCGAAAGUGUGGAACUAUUACACCCAGCUGAGCGAGAGCCACGUAGAGUGCAAUGUCUGCAAGAAGCAGCUGUCCUUCCACAACAGCACCACCACCAUGAGGGAGCACCUGGUUCGGAAACACAGCAUCCGUGACAGCGGGCCUCCGCCCCCCGGCGGUGCUGUGGUCGCCCCUGCCCCGGCCCCGCUGAUGCCACCCAUACCGCUGCCCAGUUUCCCCAGCAACAGCACAACGGCCCCCGCCCCGAUGCUGCAGCCCGUGGUGUCCCUGGUGGUGAAGGAGGAGCAGCAGGACGCCGACAUACCUUUGGAUUCGGCGGAGGCCAAAAGGGCGCGCACCACCUGCGCUACGACCAGCGCGGGUGGGGGUUCCUUAAAUCCGAACCCUGCCUCCGCCCACGAACAGGACCCCUCGCAGUCCUCGCUCUCCGGAUAUCACUACCAUGAGAACGGCGGCGCCGGCAACAACAGCGCUAACAACAGCGGCAACGGUGGCACCAGGGGCUGCAGCAACAAGCGGGCCGGGCUCCUGACUGAGCUCAUCCUGGAGAUGGUGUUUCGGGACCUGCAGCCGCUGUCGGUGGUGGAGGAGCGGGGGUUCCGGCUGCUGCUCGGCUGCCUGGAGCCGCUGUACCCCAUGCCCUCGCCCUCCCAGCUGGGCAGCUUGCUCUGGCACCGCUACCACAUCCUGAAGCAGCAUCUGGAGCAGCACCUGCAGGCCAGCCUGGCGCCGCGAUGCCUGGCCAUCUGCACCGAGCGCUGGCGCUCGCUGGCAGGCUGCGGUGUCGGGGGGGCGGGGCGGCUGUACUUGACCGUCAGCGCACACUUUAUCGACAAGGACUGGCGCCUGGCCCGCUGCGUGCUGGAAACCCGCCCAGUGCCGGAGUUUGGGGAGGAGGCCGGCGAGCGGGGCGGAGCCCAGCUGGGGGACACCCUCAGGGCGGUCCUGUCUGAGUUCCGCCUGCCCGAAAACUUUGUGUUCUGCGUGGUGCACGACACCCCCUGGGCCUCCGAAGCCAGAGAGGGCGGCCGGCCGGGACGGGAACAGGACUGUCGAAACCAAGGCGAGGCAACUCAGUGCUCUGCCGGUCCGAGCCAGGCCUCGCUCCAGAACCUUCCGGCGGGAUGGGUGGCCCUGCUCUGCGCGGGGGAGGCCCUCAAACUCUGCGUCCAGGAGGGGCUGCGGGUGGAGCCCGUCAGGCAGGCUCUGGCUGCGGCGCGCGGGAUCGUCUCGCAUUUCCAGCACAACCUGUUCGCAGCGGCCGCUCUCAACCACAAGGCGGAGGCGGCCAACAAGGCCGAAGCCCGGCUGGUGCUGGACGACCCUGGCCGGUGGGCCACCGCCAUCGACAUGUGCGAGAGCCUCCUGGAGCUGAAGUGGGUGGUGAGCUCAGUCCUGGAGGAGCAGAAGGCGGCGCCCAACCUGGCCGACCAUCAGUGGCGACUCCUGCAGGAGCUGGUGCCCGUACUGAAGACGGUACGCAUCGCCGCCGCGUUCCUCACCGAGGACACCAACGCGCCCAUCUCGGCCCUCAUGCCCUGCCUCCACGGCGUCUCUCGCCUCCUGGGCCAGCGCAUGGGCGAGAGCAGCUGCCCCGUGGCCCGGGGGGUCAUGGAGAGGGUGCGGGCGGGGAUGGAGCAGCGCUGGAGGCUGGGCGAGCAGGAGGUGCUGCUGGACAGCCCCGCCGUCCUCUCCUCCUUCCUGGACCCCAGGUUCAAGGAGCUGCGGUUCCUCAGCCCGAACGCUCGGAGCAAGCUGCACGACCGCGUGAAGGACCUGCUCUCCACGCAGGCCUACGCCGAGGACGGUGAUGCGCACGGACACGCGGAAGAAGAGGAGGAGGAGGAAGAAGAGGAGGAUGAGGAAAGGAGGGAAGGCUCCGGGGUGGGGCUAAGCAACUCUCUUUCCACGCCCAGGGUGGCACCCUUGGGCUCCCCGGUGUCCUGCGGCUCGGCUGAGGAGGGCGACAUCAUCAUGCUGCAGCAGCAGCAGGGCGUGGCCCCCGGCGUCCUGAUUGGCCAGCCGCAGGUGAGCGACUGCGACCUGGGCGGGGCCUCGCACUGCGCCGGCGGGAGCAGCCGGGCUGGGUUGAGCGGGUCCCCCAAGGCGGACGUCGUGCACCCGGGUGUCCGGGAGAGGUCGAGCCCGGCGGCCCAGAGCAUGUACGACAUCCUGCUGGGCGAGGACCCCACCGAGAGGAUGCCCGAGAUCCACCAGCAGCUGGAGAACUACAUCGCCGAACCGCUCUGCAAGCGGAGCCUGUCGCCGCUCCACUGGUGGCGGGCCAAGGAGCACCGCUUCCCCGCGGUCGCCAGACUGGCCCGGAAGUACCUGGCCAUCCCCGCCACGGCGGUACCCGCCGACAGGGCCUUCGCCCCCCGGGAGGCGCCCGCCGCCCAGCGUCGAGGCACUCUGGGGCCCCAGCACCUGGACCACAUCCUGUUCCUGCACCAGAACAGCGACUACGUGGAGCACCUGAAGGGCGGGACCAUGGUGCGGAGGGAGAUCGACAGCAGUGGCGGCGCAGCCAAUCACAGCGGCCAGCAGACCCGAGAGACCCUGUAUCAGUCAUUAGUGUCCUAUGAGAACAAGGCCUGGGCUGGAGGGGAGGAGCUGUGAGCGCUUACUCCGCCUCCAACAGUCGGUACCGAGAGGGGAGGAUCUGUGAGCACUUAGUCCGCCUCCAACCGUCAGUAACAAGAAGGGAGGGGGCGGGGUUACUGACACUGCCUUGGGACAGUAGUUGAAGGAACAGUUAUCUUGUGCCGAGGGACACAAGGUCCGUGGAGCAAGAACAAAAGCAGCCGCGAAUUGCACUGAACACCCUCCUCAUCACACACGUACCUGUUCUGUUAUCUUCACCUGUCAAGUCAGCCCAAUGGAUCUUGUCACAGGUCCGGAACUUUCUGGAGCCCCGGGAACUGGUCCAGUUUUAUCCAGCUGCAUACGUUUAAGCCCUCUUUGCUACUCGUGAGACUGCAGGAGCUAAAAUGUAGUGGCUAUCUAUCAGCAGAUUAAAAUCAGCUCUCCAGUGUGGGAUUUGGAAGGUUUUUAACUGAUGUGCAGUGAUAGACCCAAGGGCACUUUUUGUAUUAUGGCUACCUGAUCAUUCAGUGUUGAAACGUCCCGUAUAUAUCCUCAACUCUUAACUCAUGAUAAGUGCUCUUGUGAAAGAUGGCUUUUGUGCCCUGGAGGAUCCUACACCCAUUGGAUUUAUGGAGGCUGAGUAUCCUUCUCUGUGAAGCGCCAUUCAAAGGCACUGUACAUUUAUGAUAUGAAAGACCAUUUUAAUAAAUUCCAGUUGUUUGAGAGAAUAGAAUCCUAAGUAUUAUGUCAAACUAAUAGUGCAUACAUGCUGUGAUGUGUGUACAACACUUUGAUUGCUUACAAAGAAGCAUCUUUCUUGUGUUUGUGUGUGAACAUAGUUUUCUGUCACAAGACUGUGUAUUUAUUGUACAUAACUAAGCGGUGAUAUGCUAUGUACCAUCCACCUGACUGAACAAAAAAAACAAAAAACAAUCUUGCUUGUUGUGCCAAGUUUGUAAAAUGUGAUUACUGGGUGGAUUUUAUUCUACUGUGGCAAUAAGCAUUGCUCACAGAGCAUGUUAAAAUGUCAACGUCCGGUGAAAUACAGAUCUUGAGUAGAACUA